UUCACCUAGCAACUCUCCCCGCGGCCCGACCCGGCAGGAAUGGCCGCUUUAAACACCUUUUGGUCCAUUUCCUGAUCCCGUUGCGGCGCACAAUCCGAUGGAGUUUCCCUGCCGGCGGCUGCACAGGCCUGGACGGGAGCGGGAGUAGCCGCAUUCAGGAGAAAAACGAGACGCAACAGGAGGGUGAAGUGGCUGAAACAUGGCGCUCCGCACAUAAACCGAGCUGAACCGAGUCAGGACGAGCGGCUGCUUGACUUAUCUCCAGGCGACAUGGGCUCCCGGGGCUGACCGCGACCCCCCGGGCCCUCCCUGCCUCCCUCGGUCCCCCCUGAAGCCGCAUGGCGACCACCCAAGCCCGGGUGGGCCAGCAGGCCCUGGCGCUGCUGGACGUGGCGCUGCGAGUUCCCUGUAUCUUUAUUAUUGACGCCAUUUUCAACUCUUACUACGACCCGGGGUUAGGAUGGGCCGGAACUACGGCCAGAGUGCUGCUCAGAGUCAUCGGUGUCCUUAUCUCCACCGUGGUGCUGCUGCUCUCCCAGAAAGCCUUGUUCAAGUUCUACACCCUGUUCUUCGCCGUCCUCCUCGGCAUGGCGGCGGUCCUCAUCAACUACUACGCCACGUCGCACAUCGACUUCUACAACACGUAUUACAAAGCAGCGCUGGGGCUCAGGUUGCUCCCCAGGAACGGGCCCACGCUGUGGCUGGGCAUGGCCAUGCUGCAGCUCUUCUUCGGCGUCGGUUACGUCUUCCUGCUCAAUCUGCAGUCUGUGUUUGCCGCGCUGGUGGUGUUAGACAUCAUGAUCCCUCUGUGGGGGAUGAUGGUGGAGCUUCCGGCCGACGUCAGGCAGCUGGUAGCCGUUUUCUCAGGCCUGAUGCUGGCGCUCAACACGCUCGUUUGUCUGGCCAUGAGGCUCAAAUGGUUCUACUACUCGUGCCGGUACGUCUACCUGCUGGUGCGGCACAUGUACAGGAUCUACGGGCUUCAGCUGCUGCUGGAGGACACGUGGAAGAGAAUCCGCUUCCCCGACGUGCUGCGAGUGUUCUGGCUGACCCGGAUCACCGCCCAGGCCUUGAUUCUGGUCUACGUGGUGCAGGCAGUGAGGAGGGAGAGUGACGACACCACAGGAGGAGCAGCCGAUGGGAGCUCUGAUGCACAGGGUUACCUGCUGAGCUGGGAUGUUUUCUGGGACCUCACAAGUAACCUGAUUAUCUCUGGCUGUGAUUCCACUCUCACCGUGUUGGGGAUGAGCGCCGUCAUCUCCUCGGUGGCACAUUAUCUCGGCCUCAGCAUCCUGGCUUUUAUAGGUUCGACAGAAGAGGAGGACAAGCGUUUGGGCUUCGUGGCUCCGGUUCUGUUCUUUAUCCUGGCUCUGCAGACGGGUCUCAGCAGCCUGGAUCCAGAGGAACGCUUGGUCCGUCUGAGCCGAAACAUGUGCCUUCUGCUGACGGCCAUCCUGCACUUUAUCCACGGCAUGACGGACCCCGUCCUGAUGUCGCUCAGCGCGUCCCACGUCUCCUCCUUCCGCCGCCACUUCCCCGUGCUGCUGGUGUCGCUGGCUCUGUUCGUGCUGCCCGUGGCGCUCAGCUACGCCCUGUGGCAUCACUACGCCCUCAACACCUGGCUGUUCGCCGUCACCGCCUUCUGCGUCGAGCUCUGCCUGAAGGUGCUGGUGUCCCUGACGGUCUACGGCCUCUUCAUGGCCGACGGCUUCUCCAACAUCCUGUGGGAGAAGCUGGACGACUACGUCUACUACGUCCGCUCCACCGGCAACAUCAUCGAGUUCCUGUUCGGCGUCAUCAUGUUCGGCAACGGCGCCUACACCAUGAUGUUCGAGUCGGGCAGCAAGAUCCGCGCCUGCAUGAUGUGCCUGCACGCCUACUUCAACAUCUACCUGCAGGCCAAGAACGGCUGGAAGACCUUCAUCAACCGCCGCACGGCCGUCAAGAAGAUCAACUCGCUGCCGGAGGUGCGCGGGGACCAGCUGGGCGACAUCGAGGACGUGUGCGCCAUCUGCUACCAGGAGUUCGCCAGCUCGGCGCGCAUCACGCCGUGCCACCACUACUUCCACGCGCUGUGCCUGCGGAAGUGGCUGUACAUCCAGGACACGUGCCCCAUGUGCCACCAGCGGGUUUACAUCGAGGACGAGGGCCGGGACAGAGCCGCCUUUUCCAACAACAACGGCGGCUACGCAGCGCCGCAGGACGCCGCUGACGCCGCGGAGCCCGCGGAGCCCGGGGAAAACCCGCACGAACAGCCGGGCGACGAGCCGCCGGCCGACGGGGCGGCGGCCGGGGCGGCGGGGGCUCACGCCGCGGCGGCGGGGCCGGCGGAGAUCAACAACGACCUGCUGGAGGACAAUGACAGCAUAGAAUACGACGAGGACGAGUGGGGGACUCAGAACGGCAGCACAACAGUAGAAGAAGACUAUAUCAAUGAUGACACAGACUCUACCGAGGACUGAUGACAGAAGAUCUACAGAGAAAAUAGACAUAUAUCUUUAUUAAAUUUAAGUUAAAAAUAAUUAUAAAGCAACUUCAGCAUCUUAAUUUUUUUUUUUUUUUU